AGACACACAUCAUACAUAGUAUCCCAUCCCAAACCCAUUUAAGUAGUUUUCAAUCGCCUCCGUCCCCUGGAAGUAGCGCUUUUACUAUUUUUCUGCCCUCUUUUGACACCUUGGCCUUUCCUCCACGCCCUAUUUCUUUCCUUCCGUAUUCAUUGACGGUUGGGUUCGUUCUUCUUGCGCACGGUGUACCCCACCAGGAAAUCUUUGCAAGUACUUACAUUGCUAUUGCUUCUGGAAGAGCCACGCUUGCUCUAUUUAUCCAGUAUACGACAUCCUUAACCCCGAACCCGAAGCAGUAUGUCGCUGGUAGUGCACCGAGAUCACGAUGUCUAUCCACCACACGACGUGGUUGGCGACGAUACUUUUUUCGAAGACCACUUCAACGAGGCCGACUGCUCCGAGGUGGUUUUGUUGGACUCGGUUCCCAGCGGUCAGCAGCGCCGACUCCCGGGGGUUUAUUUUUCGCGAAAAAGAAACGCAUUCGUCACCAACUACGAAGAUCCGGAAUCGGGACUGCUCACUAGCGUUAGUUUCCCCGUGGAUGGGCCGCGGAGCGGACACUUCCUUCCACCUAGUAACAGCACGACUCUAAUAUUAAAAGACCGGGACCAAACGGAGGAUCAUCGGCCCGGCAUUGAUGCUGCACAUGGUGCACAAACGAGGCUGAUGAACCAGCAAAAGCCUGUCGAGGGCGAUCUUCCCCGCGCGCGGUUCGCGGCGGCGCUGGCUUCCGCGCAUGAGAAGGCGCACGAGUUUCGCGUUUCGGCCUUUCUGGAGAAUCGCGCGGCGGCCCUGAACAACAGCGGGAAAGUAUCCUGAGUAAAAACGUACCCACACCAGAGUCGGGAUGGGGAUUUUGCAACACAAACCUAGGAGUUUUGUGAGUCACGCAUGACAAGUUUCAGUCCGUAAGGUAGUGCAAGUUAGCAAGGAAAGCCGCAUCACAAAUCGAUCUGCUGAUCCUGUUUACAGCAUUACAAGUUCCCAAACACGAUUGAAAAUGCCUGUCAUGGGGUUGCGCAUCACAAAUGUUCCUGUCAUGGCAAAUCCGCAUGACAACGCUGGUGUGGGUACGUUUUUACUCAGGAUAGAAAGACUACGAGCGGCAGAAGAUUUCGCAGAUCUACAAGGAAAUCCGCGCCAAGCAGGCGGACCAGCUGGAGACGCGGUUGAAGAGCACGCAUCUGGGAACUUUUUUCCCGAGCGCGACCGUGAGCACCGGAUUUCGGGGUCUGGACGACAAGAUGGCGGCCACGGGGCGUACGUUCUUCAGCGAACAGUCGGCGGCGACGAAGGGAACCUCCAGGGACGACCCCGCGAAUGCCGCCCUGCAGGCGAAACGGGACCAGGAGGAGCGGCGAAAAAGGCAGGCCGUGCACGUUUCCAUUCCGGCCGAGUCGGUCCUGCCUUACAACUUCAACAGCAUGAACAGCUUCUACCAGGUCUCCAGCAGCGUCACCAGUACCUCGCCCUCGCAGGCAAGGGGACCAGCUUCCACACACGCGCACGACCUGCAGGAAAUGAAUACAACGACCACGACGACCCGAGGGGUGGCGGCGGAGGAGGAGAAGCACGGAGGCUCGCCGGCCACCGGCAGAACGAACCCCGGAAUGAUGACCGGAAGUGAAAAUAGUACCGCGAGAACAAGUAAUUUGAUGGUGUUUCCUCCGGGAGGGGGCGACCAGCACCCGCUGUCGCCGGGCGGCGUGUCGACGGCGGCGCCAACGUCUCCAGUCGACUCGCCGCUGCCAAACGACGAGGACUGGGCAGCGGAGGUGAUGACCCAGUCGCCGGUGGUGCAAAUGCGCGAAACGCAAAAGCAGCUGUCGGAAUUGCGGGCACAAGAGCGGAAAUUUCGGCUGCUGGAUGAGGAAGCCCGGCUUGCCGCGGAGCGGGCAGCUGCUGCGAAAAAGGAGGCCAUGAGUCGAAGGUUGUUUGACGAACAAAACGACAGCGACUUUGACGAGGAAGAGCAAAGGAAGAAGAUCGCCGAACAACGAAAGCGCAGCGCAAACGCGCGCCAGAUCCCGAUGGUGCCGUCGACGCCGGAGAAUAAAAAAGAAGACGAGCAGCUCGACGAUGCGGUUACGCCGGGGCAGGAGCCGCAAAAGGAGUAUUCCAAGUACGAAAUGCGCCCCGUGCGGCCACUGCUGCUCGGCAGCAGCGGCGGGAACAGUAAGCAGAAGGCCUUGACGCCCAUAUUGAAGGAAAAGAUUCAGAUCGGGCAACCGAUAGUUUCCGGCGCGCAAGGUAGCAGCAGAACGGGCGGAAACAAAAAAGUUGUAGGAAGACUCAUCGACGCUAUCAAAUAGCAACAAGGUUUUCAUGCACAUGCGGAACACGGACAUACACAUAGGGUGGCCCGCUGAAAAAGAGAGUAAACUGGUAUCACUUCAUCAGGGUCUUCUAGCCUGACCUUCUGAGCAAGUCAAUGUACCCCAUUUGCAAAUGUUAUCUUCAAUUUUGAAUUGUGUUUGAAACGUAACAAAUAGCAAUUAGCUUCGUUUACUUCUGCACAUUUUGUUUUUGCGAAGUAUUAUACCCGAAAUCAAGCGUUUUUCUCCCCGCAAUCGCACCGUCCCGCAAUUGGUACCCCCAGUGCAUGAGGUGGACUGGUGUUUCUGACUACAUCCCCGCAGUGAAUUUGCGAUCUAUCAUGGUUCACGAACAAACAAAUUUUAUUUUCAAAGUUUACAUUUUUUUAUUCAU